AUGAAUAUAAUCCCUCCAUUUAAAAAAGCUUAUCAAUAUCAUUAUGGACCUGCUUAUAUCUGUAAUCCAAUCACCAGAGAGUAUGUUAUGCUUCCAAAAUCCGAAGGACAUUACCGGUGGAAUAGAUUUGGUUACACUCAUUCGACCAGUGAGUACAAGGUUGUUAGGAAAAAUAUGUCUGCAAAAGGGGACUCAAAUGUUAGACUUGUUCAGAUAUACACUCUUGGCAGUGGAAAUGGAUGGAGAGAUGUGGAAAAUGUAGACAUGGAACUGAAAAAUGUUCCACUAUGUGCUGGUGUGUUUGCAAAUGGAGCUCUUCAUUGGGUGGACCUUCAGAAAGGAACCAUAAUUGCUUUCCAUUUGACUGAUAAGAAGUUCAGUGAGCUUCCAUCGCCACCUUUGUUGACACAAGAUGGCGAUCCAGUUUAUUAUUCUACUAAAGUAGCGGUUUUAGGUGAUUUUCUAAGUGUUACUUAUUCUCGAAAUGCCGGUGCUUGUGAAAUAUGGUUAUUGAAGAAGAAGAACAAAGAUAAUUUUAAUGAGUUGAGCUGGAGUAAAGAGUUUAGUUUUGGGUCUUUUGAAAUUUACAUAUCGCGACCGUCUGGGUAUACGAAGAGCGGUAGGCUUCUGUACUAUUGGCAUAACCAUAUUUAUAGGUACGAUCCAAAAGAUUCAUCUGCCAAAAUGGAUGCCAAAAUUUGGCAGGUUCUUUCUCAGUAUUCUUCAUCCACUUCUCUACCUGGGCAACGUAAUUUGCUUCUUGCUGGUUGA